UAUCAUCUAACACACUCUUGCUCAUUCCGCUGAUAUCGCGAGACUGGAGUGACUUGCGUGAAAUUAUCCGGUGUCGGUCUCCGAGUAAAGGCUAUCCAGCUACGAUGGGAAACAUUUUUGGCAACCUUUUGAAGAGCCUCAUUGGGAAAAAGGAGAUGCGGAUUUUGAUGGUUGGGCUGGAUGCAGCUGGGAAGACCACAAUCCUGUACAAACUGAAGCUGGGAGAGAUAGUGACUACCAUUCCUACUAUUGGUUUUAACGUAGAGACUGUCGAGUACAAAAAUAUCAGUUUUACAGUGUGGGAUGUUGGUGGCCAGGACAAAAUCCGACCUCUGUGGCGUCACUACUUCCAGAACACACAAGGUCUGAUCUUCGUGGUGGAUAGCAAUGACCGUGAGCGAGUGAAUGAAGCCAGAGAAGAGCUGAUGAGGAUGCUGGCUGAGGAUGAACUGAGAGACGCUGUACUCCUCAUCUUUGCCAACAAGCAGGAUUUGCCAAAUGCAAUGAAUGCUGCAGAAAUCACAGAUAAGCUGGGUCUCCACUCCCUGCGCCAUCGUAACUGGUACAUCCAGGCCACUUGUGCCACCAGCGGAGACGGCCUAUAUGAGGGUCUGGACUGGCUGGCCAACCAGCUCAAGAACAAGAAAUGAGGCAGGCUGGAUCCAAGUGCAACGGUUGGGAAAGGUGUCACCGGAGCGGCAGCUCAU